CCUUAGCCUAAGUGUAUCUAGUGUUGAGAGCAUUGACUUGGUAGGCUCUUCAGAUUCAAACAAAGCGUCUGAUUGCUCACCUAUUAUAGCCAUCUUAAUUAUACUAGUUACGCAGACGUGACACGCAACACGGGUCUCAAGUUCCUAACCUUCGUUUCUUAUAUAACCAUGCGCCGGUUUGCAUUGGAAUUACCAAAAUUCAUAAAAAAUACAAAUGUGCCCAACCAUGUCAAUUCCGGGCCAUUUACUACCAACAAUGGAUAACCUAAACGAUCUUUUGGAAGAGCAUAUCUGCCGAAGAAACCGAGUAUUUUACGCCUUCGGUAUUAGCGUGGGGGAGUACGAAAAUAGCACUUCACGAGCGUGGACGGUCGUAUCACUCUACAUACACGGUACAGUAGAUAAAGUUGGUGCCGCUCAAGCGCUCAGAAAUCUCGAGUAUGAUAUCAAUAGCAAGCUCCGGCUAGACCAGCGACCAGAAAGACUGGAGUUUUACCUCGAGGAUGACUCUCCUAGCAACACCUACCGGGCGAGAUCUCGCAGGGUAGAGGGCACGCUCUGCGCCAGAGAUGCUGCCCGGCAGAUGGGAGUGGUGGAGCCUACGGACGGCGAAAGGACGCACCCAGGAACACCUCGGCAGGAUAUAGUAGAAGCGACGAGGCACGUUGUCGAAGUUGAGCUGUAGAAGCCAGAGGGGCUGGAACUGAGAGGCUGGAGAUUAGCGAUUGACGAUUGGCGAUUAGUGGUAUAUACAUAAGCGUAUUCAAUUAUCUGUUAGCCGCCUACUCUAUUAGGAAGGCCGUCUACUACCACGUGCGAUAUUCAGUUGCUUCCAAUUGCUCGGGCUGUACGGUGGUGAUAAGAGGCGUUCG